AUACGCAGGACCUCCAUGCUCUGCUUUCUAGGAACUACUCUGUAGUCUGUAGAUUUCAAUCCAUUUGUUUUCCCCACACAAUAUGAUGAUCACAACCUACCCAUGCUGUGUGCUCAAACUUAGGGUUCCGUAUUCUGAUGAUUUCUACUGAUAAUAUUGCAAAGGAAACAGUAAAACACGAAGAAAUGGAAACGAUCAAAGUUCAUGACAUCGGAGCUGAGAAAGCAAACGCGAUUUCGAGGUACCGUAGGAUUCAGAGAAUCACGACUUUGCUUCGAUUUGUGGAGGUGUUCGUUUUCCUGAUCGUCGUCUCCAGGUUUUCCACGCAAUUCAGUUUUUCUCUCAAGCUGUCGAGUGAGUACUUCAGGGGGGUUUCUGUAACACUAAUUAGUCCUAAAUCCGUCUUUGUAAUCGGAAACGCGAUCGUAGUCGCUCUGAUUCUGAUAUCGGGGCAGUUCUCCUCAAAAACCUCCGAUUUCUACGACGAGUACGUUGAGGAAUGCCGGAAUUAUAAUCCGCAAGUUUCGAUCAACAAAGUAGAGAAAAAAUCAAUUGAUCGUUACAGAUCUAGUGCUUGUUGCAAUAAUGGAACGAAGAUCAUCCGCAGAGUCCAAUCCGAGCAUCUCAUAAAGGUCGAAGAGCGCCACGGCAGCUUGAGGCGGAGCGCAAGUGACAAGUGUGAGAAAAAAUCAGCGAACGAGAUGAGCAGCGAAGAAUUCCGGCGAACGGUGGAGGCGUUUAUCGAACGGCAGCAGAGGUUUUUGAAGGAGGAAGAAGAAGAACAGUUUCUAGCUUAAGUAACCGUUUUGUUUAUAUACUUUCCAUCCUUUGUUCCUAAUUUCCUUAUUUCUCCUCAUUUUAUUUCAAUAUUUCCAAAUAUAUAUAUCUAUAUCAAGAUUAGGCUUAAAUCAAACUCUGUAAUACAAAGCAUGUAAAUACAGGAGUAUUAUUUAUAUAUCCUAUUUCCCAAACUUAUUAAUAUGGUCUCAUAAAAUUUAAUUCAAGAUGUGAAAAAAUAGAGGUAUCUUGAAUUAGGUCCCGUGCAGGUUAGACAUUGUUCUGUAGAAAAAAUAAAAUCCAAAGCAUAGCUAAUUUUUUUUAUAUGUUUAAAUCGAAAUGUGUUAGGAGACCCAUAGGCCAUAGACAACACAAGUCAAUUAUAUCAUAUAUAUUACUAACAUAUUUUUUUAAACCCUUCCAUCCAAAACAUAAGAUCAUACCAUUCCUGGAUAAGAAAACAUCAGUCAAAGGGAAACAACACUUCAAGAAACAAUAACAUAUCUUUUAAAGGACAUAUAUAUAUUCAUUGUAGUUUCACACAAUAUCGAACCA